AUGUUACACGUGCCCGGCGCCAAACAUCGAGCUGCUGAUACCGUUUCUCGUCACCCAGUUGGGAAAUCUGAUAGCAUGGUUUUAAUCGAUGAUAUUGCUUCUGUUCAUAUCUGCAACAAGAAUGAGGCGCAAUAUACCAUCCAAACACAUAAUCACAAAAUCGCAGAUGAUACACUGGAAAUCCCAUUGAAAAGUAGCGAAGCUAUCUUCUACUCGACAGCAUUGUCAUCAGUCACCUCACUUCAGUGUAUAACCUGGGAUAGAAUAAGGACUGCCACAACAAGCGACGAGUACAUGUUCCAGCUCGUACAGAUGAUUGAAAGUGGCAUCCCAGAAACACGAAACGAUCUUCCAGUUCCCCUGAGAGAAUAUCAUCAGUUCCGUAACAACCUCUCCACUAUCGAUGGAGUCAUCAUAUAUAAGGACAGAAUAGUGAUACCACCUUCAUUGAGAACAGACGUGCUGACAGCGCUACACUCAGCCCACCAAGGCACUUCAUCCAUGAUGUCAAGAGCAGAAACAUCUGUGUUUUGGCCCGGCAUAUGCAACGACAUCACCAAGCUUAGAAACUCAUGCAACCAUUGCAACAGAAAUGCCCCAUCCCAACCCAGCGCCCCGCCAACUCCAUCUGUCUACCCCUUAUAUCCAUUUCAGUGUGUUUGUGCCGACUUUUUCCACUACAAAGGCGGUAAUUACCUGGUGAUUGUAGACAGAUACUCAAAUUGGCCAAUUGUUGAAAGGGCACAAGAUGGCGCAUCUGGCCUUAUUGAUUGCUUACGCCGCACAUUCGUCACAUUUGGAAUACCAGAUGAACUGUCUUCUGAUGGCGGCCCGGAAUUUACAGCUUCAACAACCAGAGAUUUCCUAAAAACAUGGGGUGUGCACCACAGGCUUUCUUCUGUAGCCUUUCCUCAUAGCAAUUGUAGAGCAGAAGUUGGCGUGAAGACUGUGAAGCGCAUGAUCACAAACAACACUGGUCCAAAUGGUGAAUUGGACACAGACUCCUUCCAGCGUGCAGUGCUGCAAUACCGUAACACUCCAGACAGGGAUACGAAAUUAUCGCCAGCAAUGUGUGUUUUUGGGCGGGCCAUUCGAGACUUCAUCCCAAUCUUACCAGGCCGCUAUAAGCCACACGAGACAUGGAGUGAUACGCUUACCCUGAGAGAAGAGGCUUUACGUAUCAGACACAUGAAGACCGCCGAACGCUUAGCUACCACUAAAAGUUGGAGACCUCGUCAGGAUUCAAAACCAAACUGGACCAUAUCCGAGAAAAUGGGAUAA